AUGCCCCAUAGCCUCGAGAACCACUCUGUAUGGCUCAUCACAGGCUGUAGCACUGGUAUGGGCCGACACUUUGCCUUGUACGAUGUAUUCACAUCCAUCAUCACUCGCAUCCAUACUGCUACUCAGACACUUUUGAGCCUGGGACAAAAGGUGAUCGCAACGGCCCGGAACAUCGACCAAGUCCGUGAUAUAGAACAAGCGGGAGCGGCUGUAAUGACUGUGGAUGUCACUUGGUCGCCAGACAAACUGAACGAAGUGGCUCAAAAUGCAAUCAAGGUCUACGGAAGGGUGGACUACCUGAUCAACAACGCCGGAUAUGGAUACCAAGGCACCAUUGAGGAGAUGAGUCACCAAGAGACUCAUGACCUUUUCAGUGCAAGAGGCGCCAUGUACUGCAUCACGAAAGCAGCAGUGGCAGCGGUAGGGGAAGCGCUGAAGGUCGAACUGGAUCCUUUGGGGAUCAAGGUGCUCACGGUUGAUCUAGGAAAAUUCCGCACUUCAUUUUUGGAACGAGACACAAACCUCAAGAAGGCUUCCCAGAUGAUUCCAGAUUAUAAACCCGUUAAUGACUGGUUUGAUGACUUUAGGGACAAGAUCGCAGGGAAUCAGCCCAACGAUCCCAAGUUGGGAGUGCUCCGGAUAAUCGAGAUAAUUACUCAAAGCGGUAUGGCUACCGGUAAAGAAGUGCCGGGGCGCAUUCCUUUGGGAGUUGACGCAAAAGAGCAAUUGAUCAAGAGAUGUCAGGAUACCGUCGAGCAGCUCGAAGAGUGGAGCGAUAUUAUUUGUUCAACAGGUUAUUGA